CUCAACGCUCGGGAAUAUUCGGAACUAUUCGGUUAGAGGGCCGAGAGCGUAUUCCGAGGACCGUUCGGAAGUUUUCGGAACUCUACCGCUGGAUUUCCGAGUGGCUCCAAUUCGAGAGGUCCUGGGACCGAUACCUCAGCCUUGUCUCUCCGGUAUUGCUCACCCAGCGCUUGUCACUGUGAUUGGCAUAUGAUGGGCGCUCAACAAACAUUUGUUUUAUGAAUGAACUGUUGAAUGCGUGAACUAUUUAAGCCUAGCCCCGGCACCUUUGGAUAUUUCCGGUCUUCGUAAGCCCUCGCGAUGAUGGCCAAUGAGGGCGCCGAGGCCCGUUCGGGUAUUUUCGGAACCCUCCGGAAACGCUCUUGGGAGAGGCUUCGGGAGGCGGACACUGAGCAGAAACAACGCCACGCCCGGCUCCGAGUGUCCCACGCUGCCACCACUAAAAUGCCCUGAUUUUUGGCCAUGGGUGACCUCCCUGGGUGGCACGGGCCCUAGGCACCCUUGGCUGUGCGCCUGGCUACCACCAGCUCAGGACUCUGAGCAAUAGCCCCUGCACGGAAACCACGGCCAGGGUAACCCCGGCCGAGCCGGUUCGCGCCCAGCCCGGUUCAGGUGACCAGGCGGGAGCUUGGCACACCUGGCGCCGUCCCCUGACCCCGCCCCGCGCCGGGCCGCACCCCUGAACGCUCUCUGGGCGCCAGCGGCGGCGGUGCAGGGCCAUGGCGGCGGCGCCAGCGGUGUGCGCCUCUCAGGGGACCCCGCCGGGUGCACCGUCCGCGCCGGCGGCCGCGCCAGCACCCGCGGCCGGCCUGGGCCGCUGCCGCAUGGCGCUGCUGCUGGCCGUGGCGCUGGACGUGGCGGGCAUGGCGGCGCUGCUGACUGGCGUGUUCGCGCAGCUGCAGGUGCGCGGCCGCGACUUCGGGGACCUGCUCAUCUACUCGGGCGCGCUGCUAGUGUUCCUGAGCCUGCUGGGCUGGAUCCUCUGGUACACCGGCAACAUCGAGAUCUCGCGCCAGGAGCUGGAGCGCGACUACGGCCUGCGGCCCUCGGCGCUCGCCCGCCUGGCGCGCAAGCUCUCCCGCCGCUGGUCGGCGCCCGCCGCCGCGGGCCAGCGCCCCACGCCCGGCUCCCGGAGAGCGCGCCGAGCCGCCCGCGCGCCCCCGCCGCCCGCCGCCGGCUCCCGCCGCGUGCGCCUGCAGCUCGCCACGCUCGAGGCCGGGCCCGGGGCGGCGGGCGCGGGCAGCGAGUGAGGCCCAGAAGUAGCCCAGUGUGUCCCCCCCUGGCCUGGGCAGACCCAGGACUUGCCAGUAACUCCCAGCCCUGUCACUCUGCACCCGCCCCAUCUACCUGUACCUCCUGCAGCCACACUGCGGGGAUGGAGUGUGAGCCCACAAUCCAGGGCUGGGGACCCAGACGAGACAGGAAGCUGGCAGUGGCUGGGACCCCGGAUUUGUCCCAGACCCAUGACCUUCCCCACACAUGCUCCCCAAAGUGCAGAAG